ACUUGCAAAGACGAGGGCCUGAAGGUGCUCCGCGAAGCACCAAAAGAAGUGCAGAACAUUGAUAUUGUUGCAAUCCAUGGUCUCGGCGCCCAUCCCGACGAGAGCUGGUGUAAGAACGUUGGUACGGCAGAAGAGCCGCAAUGGCGCAACUGGCUCAUCGAGGAUGAUAUGCUACCAGCGGUAGCGCCAAACGCGCGCAUUAUGCGGUAUGGGUAUGCAUCGCUGUGGUUCGGCCAUAUAGAAAUGCGACACGGCAUGGCUCUCAUGGCCGGGCGGUUUCUAAGAGUGUUGAAUCAACAAAGAAAGCGUGCUCCGUUCCGUCCGCUGGUGUUUGUGACGUACGGCUUUGGCGGGCUGAUUGUGCUUGAGGCACUGCUAGAAGCCGAACAGCACCCUGAAAAAUGGCCUGGAAUAUUCUCGUCAAAUACUGGUCUGGUCCUCUUCGGCACGCCGUUUCGAGGCGCCCAGAGGAUGAAGCAGAUGGAGAUCCUCGAGGCAGCGUGGUUUGAGUAUCACGGCUACCAGAUACCGCAGUCAGGCAUUGCCUAUCUACAGGAACUAGCAGGGCCAGACAAACAAGACUCAGCUCGCUUGGUUCUAUGA